CCACCGGAUCUAGAACCAGUGCCAGCUUAGAUGAAAAAACGUUUGCCUGCUCUUCGCCAUGUCUGGAGCUUUCUCUCUCUCUAUCUCUCUCUAUCUCUCUCUUUUUUCAUUUUAGCUAAGGUCGUAGUUACCAAGCUCACGAGCAGGGUGAUUACAGAUAUUGCGUGGCUGGGAUUGUGUGGAGGAUACGAGUUGGAGGCUACGUAAGCUGAGAUGCAAUUUUCUUGUGAUUAUCAAGGACCACGUUUAGGAUUAUUGGUGUCGGAGCGGCACCGGUAGUGCAGGUGUUCUGUGAGUGCCGGUUUCUCCUCCAUGUCACGGUGAUAUUUGAUUCGACGCUGCUUUGAUUUGGUGCACAUGUUGUUCGUGGGCCGGGGUUGAGAAUCAGACCAUAGUGAGCGAACUCGCGCUGUGAGAUCUGUGUGCACGAGGCGUGCACUUUUACAGGGAUGCACUUACAAUUGUAGAGGCUUCUGGAGCUCUUGGGUGAAGCGUGUAGGAAGGUUCAGGAGUGUUUGGGAGGCUCCUAGGUGGUUGUCUCCUAACGCUCUCUUUGUCGCAAGGAGUUGUAGUGCGAAGUGAUAGUGAAAGGCUGGGUGUCUAUCUUCCUUCUUCAGGCAUUUCCAGCUCUUGAUUGGGGGUGGGCAAAGUUUGGAGGUUCCUGGGCGGGGUUCGUGGAUGAUCGUCUUCGGUGUCUGUCCCAUGCUGCCUCUUUAGAUGACCUAGUUAUGGCUCUUCACGGAAAUGCACUUUUGAUCCUGUGCGAGAAGCUAUCGACUUUGUAUCAUCGUUGAGAAAGAUCUCGGCAAUACUGUUCGGCCUCUCAAAUUGGGCCAUUUUCUGCGCUUGGUAUUGCUUACGGUUCUCAACUUUCGCUGCGGAACUCUUGCGGCGUGGUUCUUGAUCUUUACGGAUUUUCUUGCAACUUUGCCUCAGGAGGGUUUAUUACACUACUGCAAGACAUUGAGUGCUACCAACGCCGGUUCUUGCACUCACGGCUACGCUGACGUUUCAAGAGUGACAUUCAUGAACCCUAUGAAGGGACUGUGAGCUGUAUCACCACCCCAGUGGUUGCUCAACGGGGCUGUAGCAUAUCUGUCGUGUGGCGGAAGAGUAGGGAGUUGAUCUGGAUGGUUAUGUCUUCUACUGCCUGCUUCCAACUUCUAAAAUCACCCGAGAACUGAAGGAAGAGUUAUUCAAGAUUUUAAAGAGGCAACUUCUGAUCGGCGGGAUCAGAUCGCCUCAAUCUAAAUCCUCGAUGAGGGCUGAAGAGGAGAAGAAGAUUUGGUAGAUUGUUGCUAGGUGGAAAGAACUGUAGUGCGGUACCCGAAGCUAAUACUCUUCUUGACUUCCAUAUUCAGCAUGGAUAUGGGGUACAGCGAAGACUUGGGCAGAGUUAGCAGUCACGGAGUUGUUGACUUCCAGCUUCCAGAAGAAGACGUUGAAGGCGGAGAAGAUCUUUACGAAUUUGAUAUGGACCAAUUGCAAGCGGCAGAGGAUAUUGAUGCAGUUGACAACAUCUUGAAUGACGAAGAUGCGAUUGAUGCGAUCGAUGCGGAUUUCAACGUCAUAAGUGAUGAUGAUGCCAGCAUGGAUGGAAGGGGCGAUGAAGUUCCUGGUUCCCAGGAUGGUUUCACUUUUGACACAAACCUUGCUUCAAUGCACACUUACUUGGGAGAGGUUGACGAUGUAGCUAGUAGCCGCUCUUUUGUUGAUGGAGGAGCAUUUUUGACUCUGCCUAUGUUUUACUUGGAAGGUAUCGUGUUAUUUCCCGAUGAUACGCUGCCACUUCGAGUGUUGCAGCCAAGGUUCAAGGCUGCGGUUGAGCGAGCCAUGAAAAGUACGGAGGCGUAUAACACACUUGGUGUGAUUCACGUCCGCGCUAGGGAUGGGCAUGUCACUGUGGCUUCAGUUGGCACGACAGCUGAGAUCCGGCAGCUAAGACACCUCAAUGAUGGCUCUGUGAACGUCGUAACUAAGGGCCGGCAGCGCUUUCGCAUUUGCAAAGCCUGGACUGAAGCGGAUGGAGCGUUGUUCGCUCAAGUUCAGAUCAUUGAGGAGGAGACGCCUCUGCACAUACCACGAGAUGCGUUUUCACGCCUCGCUACGGUGCCCACCUUUCAGAGUGGCAAAGUUCCACGGGCAGCUGCCACCUCUCCUCUUCCCUACGAAUUGAGCGACGAUGAAGCAGCUCUUCAAGCUGGGAGUGACUUGGAUGCCUUCGACGAUUCUGAGUCUGAUUCUGGACCUGAAGACGAAAGGCAGAUCGAGAAUGAUGAUCUUUUACGGGUUUUGGAAAGGGGUGUUGGAGAUGAUGAAAGUAGUGAAGAAGAAGAAAGGCCAGGUCACGAUUGGCGGUCAAGAAGAGUUCGAAGAAGAGGGGAGGAGAAUGGAAGUCUUGAAGUAGAGAAUUACAGAGGCGGAGAGUCGCUGGUUAUGGGAGAUGUCCAGCCUAGUGUCAGAAUGGAUAAUCUUUUAUCGAAUGUUGAUCAGCCUAUGCACAGCUGUGAGUCUUCUGCAGUGGGUAAUGGGCUGGUGACGGGCGUUAAAAGGCCUCGAGAGGGUGGAUGGGGUGCUGCUUGUAAAGCUUGGGCGACAGACGCAAGGAAAUGGAGACACAAGGCUCAGUGUACAGCCUGGCCUCACUGGGUGUAUCGGCAGUUUGAUGCCUAUGACCUUGCAAGGAGAGCAGCAGAUAUGCUGAGGCAGAUGGCUGACCUUCCCCGCAUGGAGGCUAUGGUGCACACACCAAGUCAACUAUCGUAUUACAUUGCAAGCAACAUGCCUCUUCAAGAUUCGACCCGACAGGAACUGCUUGAAGUCGAUGGAACUGUGUAUCGACUGCGUCGAGAGAUUGAGUUGUUGGAGUCCAUGGACCAAUUACGCUGCAAAUGCUGCAUGGCCUUGAUUACAAGACGAAGCGACAUGCUAGUAAUGUCAGCAGAUGGUCCUAUCAGUGCGUAUGUGAAUGCCCAUGGCUAUGUGCAUGAAACCCUCACUCUCGCAAGGGCUCGAGGGCUUGUGCUGAAUGGACAACCUAACACUGCAAACAGCUGGUUUCCUGGAUAUGCAUGGGUUCUGGCAGAGUGUGCUGAAUGUACAGAGCACAUGGGUUGGCGCUUCACAGCUGUCAACAAGGAAAGUAGGCCUAAAGCAUUUUGGGGCAUUCGAAGGUCUCAACUGGCCGAGAACAGUUCGUAAUUGGAAAGAUUCUUUCAAAGCGUGCAAUUAUACAGACUUCGAGAUGUAUCAAGGCCUGUCGGUUGAGAAGCUUCAAAGGGUUACAUUGGAGAGGGGAUGAAACGGACCAACCACGCACUAGGAGAGGGCCGGUUGUGGCUAUUGGUUGUUCACUUCGCUGUACAUAAGGUGACUCAUCGAGGUUCUAUGUGGCAGGCAAGAUCUGGUCUGCUUACAAUUUUCUUUCCCGCAUGGAAGUGCUCCUGUAUUGAACUAGUUGACAUGUUGCGGUAGAACCAUGCGAUAUUGGUUGCCCUGCAGUUAAUCUCCGAAACGCAACGUCAUCCUCUCAAGAACCUCGAUCUCCAAAUCAUGACAUAUUUUUUUUUGUCAGGCACAGCACGCCUUGCAGGUGUGUAUAUUGUCCUGAUAUGUACUUAUUAGCAUCCCUGAACCUUUUAGCACAUUCAUUGAGGUGAUCAGUAUUGAAGAUGCUGUGGUCAUCCUUGCUUGCCUGUAUUUUGGCCCAUACAAAAAGCCUGAAUGAUGGCUUCUGACGAUACAUAGGACCAUGGCAUUUAUCUUGUUUAAGUCAGUGGACUUGUUUCCUGUUCUGCGGAUAUCAGUUUAGAAGACCAGAUGACUGUCAAGUAAAGAUGAUGCACUUGUGAAAUAUAAAUUCUUCAUUUUACUUUCCUGUCAGUAACCUUACCUCGACAGCUUGCACGCAA